ACGACCCCAUCUGCACCCCGUGCGGCCAGGACCAGUGGUCCCCGGCGCGGAGCACGCGCUGCUUCCCGCGCAGGCCGCGGUUCCUGGCGUGGGGGGAGCCGGCCGUGCUGCUGCUGCUUCUGCUGGCAGGCCUGACGCUGGGCCUGGCGCUAGCCGCCCUGGGGCUCUUCAUCCGCCACCGCCACAGCUCGCUAGUGCAGGCUUCAGGCGGGCCGCUGGCCUGCUUUGGCCUGGUCUGCCUGGGCCUGGUCUGCCUCAGUGCCCUGCUGUUCCCUGGGCGGCCCAGCCCCCUCAGCUGCCUGGCUCAGCAGCCUCUGUCCCACCUCCCACUCACUGGCUGCCUGAGCACGCUCUUCCUGCAGGCGGCCGAGGUCUUCGUGGAGUCAGAGCUGCCACCGAGCUGGGCAGACAGGCUGCGCAGCUGCCUGCGUGGGCCCUGGGCCUGGCUCGUGGUGCUGCUGGCUGUCCUGGCAGAGGCGGCCCUGUGCACCUGGUACCUGGUGGCCUUCCCACCCGAGGUGGUGGCGGACUGGCGGGUGCUGCCCACGGAGGUGCUGGUGCACUGCCGCGUGGGCUCCUGGAUCAGCUAUGGCCUGGUGCACAUCACCAACACCGUGCUGGCCUUGCUCUGCUUCCUGGGCACCUUCCAGGUGCAGAGCCGGCCCGGCUGCUACAACCGGGCCCACGGCCUCACCUUCGCCAUGCUGGCCUACUUCAUUCUCUGGCUCUCCUCCGUGCCCCUCCUGGCCAGCGUGCAGGCAGUCCACCAGCCGGCCGUGCAGAUGGGCGCCCUGCUCCUCUGUGUCCUCAGCAUCCUGGCCACCUUCCACCUGCCCAAGUGCUGCCUGCUCCUGCGGCAGUCAGCGUCCAGCGCCCCGAGUCCUUGGGUGGGGCCCCAGGAGGCCCCGAAGGCAGGGACAGCCGUGGAGGAGGGGAGGAGGCACUGGGGAAAAGCGACUGAGCCUCCACCCAGUGACCUCACCAGUGAACCCAGACCCAGCUGA